GAUUUUUGACAGCUGGGAAAAUUGUUUACCUCAGCGCAUUUGUUGCGGGCUUCAGGGAAACGGCCAUUUCUCAGCAGCGGCAGCAGUAAUACGCAAUUUUGCAUGUGCGAUUUCGUUGAUUUUACCGAUGGAACCCAAAAUGGAUAGUGGAAGCGUGUUGAAGGCACCGAUCAACUUAAGCGAUCUACUGAACGGUGGCACCGAGUUCCAGAUCGAUACCGAGUUCAACGAUCACGAGGGUGACGAGUACUUCCUCGACGACGACUACGGCAGUGCGGACGAGGACGAUGAAAGGUACAAGCAGCUGCAGACGCCCUGGGAGCGAACGUUCGACGAGCUGCGGCAGGAGAUGGACCAGAUCAACGAGCACCUCUACAAGCGCGUCACGAAGGCGGGCGUGGGCGAACCCAUUCCGGACAGUACGCGCGUCGUGAUCGAGUACAAUGCGUUCUUUGAGGGGGAAUCGAAACCGUUCGAUUCGACGACACUGCGCGACAAGCCGCACCGGUUCGUGGUGGGCAAGAGCAAUGUGCUGCUCGGGCUGGAGCUGGCAGUCCGCACGAUGCGCGUCAGCGAGGAGGCACAGUUCGUGAUUGCGUACCAGCUGAUGUACGGUGAGUUUGGCUGUCUGCAGCGCGUCAAGCCGAAGGCGGACGUGCUGUUUGUAAUACGGCUGAUUAGCGCAACGCCCGUGAGCGAUGGCGAGGCGCUGGCCAAGCUGAACGAAACCGAGCGGCGUACGUACGCGACGGUAAAGGACAAGGUGACCGAGAUUCGCCAGUACGCACGGGACUGCUUCCAGCGCAAUCUGGUACCGAACGCCAUCGUGAAGUAUCUGGAAGCGGUGCACACGCUGCAGACGUGCCAGCUGAAGGACGAAGCCGAGCAGGCGGAGCAGCAGAAAACGCUGAUCGCACUGUACACCAGCCUAGCGGUGUGUUACAAUCGCCGGGACCGGCCGAAGGAUGCCUGCCGGAUGGUGAACGAGCUGCGCCGGCUGUGUGACGUGAGCAAGAGUGCGAAAAUACUCUACCAGGAGGGCAAGGCGCUGAUGAGCCUCGGGGAGUACGACCGGGCGCGCAAGUGUUUGCUGCGCGCCCAGCAGCUGGAACCGCAGGACGAGAUCGUGCAGCAGGUGCUGAAGCAGCUGAACGAUCGCUCGGUCAAGCACCAGCAGGAGGAGAAGAAGAUUUGGUCGCGUGCGUUCGGGCUGGCGGAGAAGAAGGAGAAGCAGCUGUCGGCGGAAGAUACGGAGCUGCUGGAUAAUAUGAAGCAGACGAUACAGCUGUUUGUGGAGGACGAGGGAAGCAGCACGCUACCGCUGCCGGACGGGCUGACCGACCGGGAGCUGGCGCUGAUGGAUCAGCUGGCGAGCGAGCUGAACCUCAAGCUGAACGUGCACGUGACGAACAACAAGAAAAACUACAAGCUGCAGAAGUAAUGUGGCGCUAAAAUCAAGGCAACAACCAGGCUUAGCCCGGCAUCGUAUCUAUUGGUAUUUGCCCUUAUUAAGCGUUUAACUAGAAAUAAGUUCCUUUUUUUCCUCAGAGGUAGCUUCGUUUGUAUAUUACAGAGUUCUCUUUUAUAUGAAUUAUCCUGUCGGAAGGGCAUAUUAUUUGAAAGUGCGUAAACAUAAUAAAAAAGGAUGGGGAAAUGAGAGACGAAGAUAAAUAAGCAUGAAUUUGAACAAAACCACGAAUAAAAAACACCAAAACAAACAGAAA